UCCCUCACUCCUCCUCUCUCUUCCCCUUCGCUCUUAAAACCCUAAUCGUUCCCCUCCGACGCCGCCUCAGAUUCACCGCCGGCCGUGCUCUGGACGACACGAUGAUCGACGGCGGAUUCGAAGCCCUAAAAGCGACGUUCUCCGUGGACGUUAGCCGGGCCGAGGGCCGGCCCCUCAACGUGCCGCUGAUCGCACCGUUCACGAUCGCGUCCUCCAGACUCGACGCGGUGGGAAACGUGGCGGUGCGCGUGGAGCUGCGGUGCGGUGGCACCGGCUGGGGGGAGGCCCCCGUGCUUCCAUCCGUCACUGCCGAGGACCAGCCCUCUGCGCUUGAGGCCGUCGCUGCGGCAUGUGAGUUCCUUGUAAAGAAGCAGCCAAUGGCCCUCGGUUCCCUGUUCACCGAGAUCAACGGCCUUCUCCCCGGCCACGACUUUGCUUCGGUGAGGGCAGGGAUUGAAAUGGCACUUGUAGAUGCUGUUGCAAAUAGCUUGCAUAUACCUCUAUGGAAACUAUUUGGUGGUGCCUCAACAUCCAUUGUCACUGAUAUAACAAUUCCAAUUGUUGCUCCAAAUGAAGCAGCUAAAUUAGCAGCAGAAUAUAAGGAACGAGGUUUUAACACUUUGAAGCUUAAGGUGGGAAAAAAUUUAAGCUCGGACAUAGAAGUAUUAAAGGCCAUACGACUAGUUCACCCUGAUUGCCUUUUUAUACUUGAUGCAAAUGAAGGAUACACAGCUAAUGAAGCAAUUGAAGUACUUGAAAAACUUAAUGAAAUGGGGGUCAAACCAAUUCUCUUCGAACAACCAGUUCAUAGAGAUAACUGGGAGGGUCUUCGUCAUGUUUCUCAAGUAGCAAAAGGAGAAUAUGGUGUUUCUGUUGCUGCAGAUGAAAGCUGUAGGAGUCUGGAAGAUGCAAAGAGAAUCAUUGAAGGAAAUCUAGCUCAUGUUAUCAACAUAAAGUUGGCCAAGUUGGGCGUGCUUGGCGCUCUUGAUGUAAUUGAGGUUGCUAGAGCUGCAGGUACUGAGCUUAUGAUUGGUGGCAUGGUUGAGACGAGACUUGCAAUGGGAUUUGCUGGUCAUCUAGCAGCUGGCUUGGGUUGUUUCAAGUACAUUGACCUUGAUACACCUCUUCUUCUAUCAGAAGAUCCAGUACUUGGUGGUUAUGAGGUUACUGGUGCUGUUUACAAUUUCACUGACUCAAGUGGUCAAGGUGGUUUUCUACAUUGGGAUGGGAUUUGUUAGUUAGGUGCCUCUGUAUUAUGCCAAACAUUUUCAGAACUUUAUCACGAAGGUUUUCUUUGAGAUUACUUUUUUACUGCUUCUUAAAGCAGAGUUUUAGUUCAAAAAUUAAAAGUUUUAUACUAGAAAUUUGUUUUAAGAAGCAAUAAAAAAGUGGUUCCAAACGAAACCGAAAUCUCUCAAAAAUGGCUUAUGACACAGUAUAUGGUGAUUAUCAUUCUAAAAUGUUGUAAAUUUAGAAACCUUGAAUUGUGAGUCUUGGAUUGAACAUUCUUGAGAGACAUCCUAUGAUUCAUCCUCGUUCUUUGAAAUGAAAAACUGGAGCUAUGCUUCUAUCUAAA